AUGGAUAGUGAUAAAUAUAAAAAGUUCUAUGUCUACAAUCAUGGGUUUACAAAACAGCCAUUUUACGAAAGAAACUUGAAUGAUAAAGGUAUUCACUUGAAGGAAUUAAAAAGACUGGAAAGAGUGGAUGAACCUAGAUUAUAUAAUAAUGUUGAUAAGAUUCCAAAUAAGAAAGAAAUUAUUUAUAAUAAUAUAAAGAGCAAUAAUAUACAAGUAAGAGUAAAUCAAAAUAAUAAUGAAGAGAAAAAGAAAGAGGAAGCAAAUUACACCUGUGUAAAUAAUAAAUACGUUACAUUGAAAAACAAGGUGCAUGUUAACAAAUAUGUAAAUAAUUCAAACAUAAAUAAAAUAAAAAUAGUCCCUAUAAUUAAAUGUAGUAAUUAUAAAAUAAAAAACAAUCCUAUAUCACAUUUGAAAUCGAACUAUGAAAAUAAAUUUGUCAAAUUAUCCAAUUUUUCAAACAUAAAAAAUGGUUGUUCCCAUAAGGAUAAUGUAAUAAAUGAAACAAUGGAUCAACAUAAGUCCGAACAGUUAAAUAAUGAUAAUAUAAAAAAAUUGUUAUAUGAUUAUUGUAUAUUUCGUGAAGAUACUAUAAAAACGAAAACGAAUAUAUCAUAUAACAAGAUGAAUAGUUUUAAAGACAAUGAAGAAAAUAUAAAUUACAUGGAUAAUAAUAAUAUUAAGAGUAAUAGUAGUAGUUAUUGUAGUUAUUCAAAUAAAAUCAACCAAAACAAUGUAAACCAUACACAUUUGAAAACAGAAUUUCUUAACGAAAAAAAUAGUCAUACACAAAAUGAACAAUCCAUACCAUUACUUGAUGGGUUACAAAAUAAUCAUAAUUCAGCUACCAAAUUUCAUAAUAAUAUUUAUGAUAACAAUAAUUCACUUGUUAAUUAUAAAUCUGAUAAAGGCAUAGACCUUCAUAAUAAGAUGAUGAAGAUAGAAACAGAUAAAAAUGGAAUUAUUACACUGGAGAAAAAGAAACAUGAUGAAAAAUAUUAUAAUAAUAUAUUUUUAAAUCCAUUAAAUGAUAAUUCAAAUAAUGUUGUUAUUACAACUUGUGAUAAUAAAGAAAGUUAUCGAAACAGCACAAGUGAUAUGAUAAACAAAAUUUUUGAAAAGAUGAUGAAUGAGAAAAAAAAUAUAUUAAAAAUGAAAAAUUUUAAUGAUGUUAUUAAAAAAAAAAUUACAAUGGCAAAAGAAAAAAUACUUAAUUCAAAUAGUACAAUUAAUAUGAAAAAGGUUUCUUUUUAUAAUUCUAAGGAUGAGGACUUAUUUAAUGAAAAAGAAAAUAGUUAUAAAUAUGGUGUAAAGAGGGAAAACCAGGAAGAUAUAAAUGUAAUAAAAAAUAAUAUGAAAAGGAAUAAUAUAAAUAUUGAUAAUAAUGAUAAUAUAAAUAUAAUUAAAAACGAUAGUGUAAGUAAAAAUAUUCAUAUAAAUAAUAAAAAGAAAAGGGAUGAUGAUUUCCCUUUUAAUAAUAGUGCUGGGCUAUUAUUAGAUUUUGAUUUGUGUAAAAGGAAAGUUUUGGAAAUACUUAAAAAUGUGCAAUCAUCAAAAAAAAAAAAUAAGAUUUUAACAAAUCAUAAUCAUAGUAGUGAUAAUCAAAAUUGUCAUAGUAGUGAUAAUCAAAAUUGUCAUAGUAGUGAUAAUCAAAAUUGUCACAGUAGUGAUAAUCAAAAUUGUCAUAGUAGUGAUAAUCAAAAUUGUGAUAGUAAUGCAUGUAAUAAAAAGGAUGAAGAAAAAAAGAGAAAAAAAAAAAAAAUUAAGAAAAAAAAUAAAAUGAAAAAUAAAAGCAAUAAUAAAAGUAAAAAUAAAAGAGAAACUAAAAGUAAAAAAAUUAGCAAUAAUAAUAAUAAUGAUAAUAUGAAUAAUCAGUGUGAUAACAUGGGUGACCAAAGAAUAAAUAAUGAAAAUAUGGAUAAACAAAAUGUUAAUAUUCAAAAUGAAGGUAAUGGUUUUAAUAAUAAUAAAAAUAAUAAUGAUCUUUUAAAUGUUUAUAUAUCACCUAAUAUGAUUAAUCAUUCUUUAUCUUCAACUUGUGAAAAAAAAAAUAAAGAAGAUAACAAAAUGAAUGACAAUAAAUUUCUUAAUAGCAGUAGUAAAAUGAAAAUUCCAGAGAUAAGUACGAACAACUCAAAUGAAAAGAUUGUUAAUGUGUCAAAUGAUGAAAUGUUAGUAUAUCAUAAUUUAACCGUAUUAAAUGUAAAGGAACAAGGAGGUGUAACAGAAGAAUCGAGCUGUAUAAAACGCACAUAUUUUGUGGAUCAAUUUUAUGAUUCAUAUAAUAUGAGAAAUGAAAAAAUAACAGAUGAUAAUAUGCAAGUAGAAGAUAUAUAUAAUGUAAAGGAAAAUAUAAAAAGAACUCUAAAAGGUGAUGGUCAUGAUGAUGUCAAAACGAAUAUGCUGAGUGAAGAUAAUAGUUAUGCAAGUGGUUUAUGGGGUAACGAAAUAAACUUUAUUAGUAAUAAUGAAAAUUGUUUAAAUAGCUAUGAUAUAUCAUGUGAUGAGAAAUAUAUCCCAAAUGAAGAGGAACAGGAUGAGGAACUUUGUUCAAAUAAUAUUCUUGUAAAAGAUAUAGAAGAAAAGAAAAUGUGUGGUAAAUUAUUUUUUGAAGAAAUUUGUGUAUUCAGAAUAAAUGAAAAGAAUGAACAUGGACAUGAAAACCUAAGAAAAAAUAAUCACAAUGACGAUACUCAUAAGAUGUAUAGUAGUUAUGAAAAUAUACAAAAUAUUAAUAAACAGAGUACAAACCCUUUUUGUAAAAAAGAUGAAAUGGAGAAGAGCCAAGGGACUAAUUUAUUUUAUGAUAAUUACAUUAACAGUGUGGACAUAACAAAAUUAGAAUUAAAUAAGAAUUGUUACCAACAUAUUAAUUAUGAAGUUCAAAAUUUAAUUAAAAAAGAAAAUUCAUAUGCAGCUGAAAUGAAUGUAGGGUUAGUGUUUCGUAAGUAUAUUCCUAUUCUCAUAAAUUUGUCAUGUAAUUAUUUGCUUAUAAAAAAGAAUGAAAAGAAUGUGAUUACUUGUAUAUCAUAUACUAACAUUAUAGACGUAAAAAUUGUAAAGAAGAGUAAAAAAAAUAAGGAACGGUUUUUAUUUAAAAUAGUUUAUGUAUUUAAAAAGAAAGAACAGAAAACUGAAAAAAAUGUAACUCUUUUAUUUAGAGCAAAUUUAAUGGAAAUUUUUGAAAAGAUAAAAGGACGAGUAGAUUAUUGUAUAAUACCAAAUGAAGAUGAUAAAAAUAUUCAAUUACAAGACAAAAAAAAAAAAAAAGGAAAGAAAAAAAAAGAGCUACAGGAAGAAAAAAUGAAAAAAAAAAAAAAAACACAAGAAUAUGUAGAUAUCGAAACGGUAUAUGAAUAUGUAAUAGAAAAAUAUAAAAGAGUACAUGUAUUAUAUUUAGGACGUUUAUUACAGAUUGUUGAAAAACUUUUUAAAAAAUAUAUAUUAAAAUAUUCAUUUCAUAAAUUAAGAAUAUUUUAUGAAUAUAAAAUAGAAAUGGAAAAAUUAAAAAAAAAUUAUAUUCACUGUAUAUAUGAUAUAAGUGAUAAAUUAGAAUUCCUUAUAAAAAAAAAAAUGCAACAUUAUUUUAAUCAUAUAAUAAUAAAUAGUUAUGAAUCAAGUUUUAUUAAUUAUCAAAUCAAAACAAAUGAUAUGUUAUAUAAUUUACUUUUAAAAGAAAAAUCUGCUUACCAAAACCAUUUGGGUAAAAAUUAUAUUUUAAUAUUAUACAAAGUAUUACUUAGUAUGUAUAAAAAAAAAAUGGCUAUCUAUUUUAGAUCUUUUGUAUACAAUAAUAUAAAAGUAAGUAAAAAAAAAAAUGCGUUUGCAUAUACAUUAACUCGUGUAAAUAGUAUAUUAGUUUUAUAUGAAAGACGGAUUAAAUCAUUUAUCUUUUCCAAAUUAAAAUUUAAUUAUGAUAAUGUAUCAUAUUUUUGUUUUACUAUGUAUAAAAUAUAUUUAAGAAGAAUUUUAUUUGGAUAUCUACGCAUACGAGAUAAUCGUAUCAAUAUUAAAAAUGUGAUUGAAAAAAAUGUUUACAGGCUUGUUAAAUUAAUUUCAAAAAUAAGUGAUAAUCAUAAAUAUAAUGCAUUUUUAAAAUUACAAAAAUAUGUAUAUGAACAAAAUGAAAAGAAAAAUAAAAUGAUAUGUGAUAAUUUAAUAUAUGCAAAUAAUGAAUUGUGUAAUAAUCUAGACAAAAUAGCUAUUGAAAAGGGAAUUAAUCAAAUAGAUUGUUUAAUCAAAUUUAAAAGAAAAGAAUGUUUAAUGAAAUAUUUCUAUACAUUAAAAGGUCCACAAAUUAAUACUGAACGUUUCUAUUAUUGUAUAAGAUAUUGUAGUAUCUUUUCAUUUGUAUUAAAUAAAAUUAUACAGAAGAAAGUGCAACAUAUUUUUUUCCAAUUUGUACUUAAAACAUUACAACGAAAUAAUAAAAAUAGAUUAACACAUGCAAUCAAAUUAUUACAAGUAUUAGUACAGAAAAAAGAAAAAAAAAGUGUAAUAGAUGUAUUACAAUUAUAUGACAAAUAUCCAUAUAUAUUUCAGUACAAAGAUUUAACAAAGAUAGAGGUUUUUGUUAUUUGUGUACAAAAUUUUGUAACUCUCUAUAACAGAAAGCUGUUAUUAAACUUUUUAUUAAAAUUGCAUUAUUUAAAAUAUCAAGAGCAGUUUAUGAAAACAUAUAAUGGUAUUGGAAGUAUAUACAAAUUUGUUCAUGUCCUGGACAAGAAGCUCAUGAAUACUAUACGUGAGUCAUUCCGGGUAAUAUUACAAAAUGAUAAAUUUCUAAGAGAAAAAAUGAACAUGAAGAUGGAACAAAUGGAUAUGAAGAUGGAGAAAAUUGAUGUGAAUAUGGAUCAAAUGGAUGUAAAAAUGGAACAAAUGGAUGUCAAGAUGGAACAAAUGGAUGUCAAGAUGAAAAGAAUGAACAAGAAGAAAUCGAAACAAAUACAUGUUAAUUACAAUAAUAAAGCAUAUUCUUCAUCUUCUCCUUCACCUAUGUUACGUUAUAAUAAAUAUAAGGACAUGUCAUCGAAUUCGGCAAGUCUCAUAAAGAAGUAUCCUUUCCUCAUAUACAACUCGGAAAUAUCUCCGGACUGUACAACCAUGGCGGAUGAUAAAUUAUCGUUACCAUCGAACGAAUCGGUUACACACAUAUUUUCCUACGCAUAUGAAGAUAUGGAUAAGAUUAAAAAAAAAAUAUAUGACUUCAAUAACAAAAUGAGCAAUGUUGAUUUAUAG